AUGAUGGUAACUGCCUGCACUCGAGAGUCUGCUUCUAUGGAUAUCGAUGACGAUAAGUUUGUGGUGCGCGGGAUGAUAUUGAUGGCGCGUGAUUUGGACAUGUGGGAAUUGCACACCGAUAGCAUUCACAACCGGAUCGGUAUUAUACGCCAGGGUGUGAAGUUCAGAGAAGCAGCGUGGUCGUGCAAUAAGUUGAUGAAAUUACUGCCAACAUCGAGGGUAUCGAUUGGCGGUACUACGGUGCUCGCCUUCGAUCGCCGUAUCAGCCAGUUCGGCCCAGGGUCACCAAAACGGAUUGCCAGAAUCAUGAAUGAAACGGGCCCGUGUGAGAUCACCCCAAUCCUGCGUUGGCCUGCGGCCAUCGUGAAGCUCGACCUCCGUCUGGAGGAGAACAUUUCGAAUUUUGACAUCUUUCGGAAGUUGCAGGCCAAUUAUCGACAUGGCGCAGAGGAAUUAGAGCUCAGCUGGACUGAUGAUCGAGUCCGCUGCUCGAGGUGCAUCAAGCGUUAUAGCAAUGCGGCGCCCUGGGAUUGCAGUGUGUGCGAGAAAGCCUGGGCUAAUUGUUUAACGAACAAAAAGGGCCGUUUGCCGGAAGUGGCCUUCGACGGAAUUCGUGAUUUCAGCGUCGACGCUAUCGCAAAUAUGACUGAUGUGGCGUUUUGCCCGAUGGUGCUACCAUUGAUGGGGCGGCUAGUGCGUGUCUCCGGAAAAUGUGAAUGGCCACAUUUCAACCUCAUGGCAUUUACGCGCCAAUUCCAACAACGACUCGAGCGUGUCCAUGCGGGUCGUAUGGAAUCGAUCGACGAUGUGCGCCAACUGAAUUUUUCGAAAUUUCUAAGGAGUUGGCUGCCGGAUCGACUAUCGAUUGUUAACGAGGGAAUCACCAUGCUCUUCUUCGAUACACGCGCCUAUGGGAAAAAAUUCGUGACGGCCUUCCUGUGGUCGAAGCGGGAAAUAGUUGCCCGGGAUGGGUUAUGCGUGCUCAACGUGAGACAACAGGGCAAGACGCCAGCCAAUUUCUUGGUGGCCCUCAUCGAACUG